GCAGGGUGGAGAGAGCGAGGGUGGAAGGAGGUUGGAGGCUUGGAGGGGAACACAUUGGCGGAGCACAUUCUCAAACAGCACAAAAGUGACCGACUGACUGCCAAUACUUGAGCAUGAGGAGCCUGUUCGCGGCCGUGCUUCUUCUGCAGCUUCUCGGGGCCUGCUUUUGCCAAUUCCCUCGCCCCUGUGCCAACACAGAGGCCCUACGGACCAAAGAGUGUUGCCCCGUGUGGGAUGGAGACGGCUCAGCGUGCGGCGCCCUGUCAGGCCGCGGUUUCUGCACAGAGGUGGAAGUGUCAGAAGAGCCCCACGGCCCGCAGUACCCCCACAGUGGGAUUGACGACAGGGAGCGCUGGCCUUUGGCUUUCUACAACCGAACCUGUCGCUGUGCGGGAAACUACGGCGGUUUUAACUGUGGCGAGUGCAAGUUUGGCUACUGGGGAGCAAACUGUGCAGAGUACAGGGAAUCGGUGCGGCGAAACAUCCUGACGCUGUCAGCUGCUGACCGACAAAAGUUCAUCUCCUACUUAAACCUGGCCAAGAACACUAUCAGUCCUGACUAUGUCAUCACGACGGCAACCAGAGCAGAGAUGGGCGAAAAUGGUGAGAAUCCUAUGUUCGCUGACAUCAACACUUAUGAUCUGUUCGUCUGGAUGCACUACUACGUGUCGCGGGAUGCCUUCCUGGGAGGGCCAGGGAACGUGUGGACGGACAUCGACUUCGCCCAUGAAUCUGCAGCCUUUCUGCCCUGGCAUCGAGUCUACCUGCUUCACUGGGAGAAUGAGAUAAGGAAGCUAACAGGAGAUUUUAACUUCACCAUCCCAUACUGGGACUGGAGGGACGCCCAAACCUGUGAGGUGUGCACAGAUAGUUUGAUGGGGGGCCGCAGCCCCUUCAAUCCAAACCUCAUCAGCCCUGCCUCGGUCUUUUCAUCAUGGAAGGUGAUCUGCACUCAGCCUGAGGAAUACAACAGUCGCGAGGCAUUGUGCAAUGCUACAGUGGAAGGACCACUGCUGCGUAACCCUGGCAACCACGAUACGAACAGAGUGCAGCGACUGCCGACAUCAGCUGAUGUCGACUUCGCCUUGGGCCUCCGCGAGUACGAGACCGGACCCAUGGACCGAUUCGCCAACAUGAGCUUCAGGAACGUUGUUGAGGGUUUUGCCAGCCCAGUCACAGGCGUGGCAGUUCAAGGCCAAAGCACCAUACACAACGCCUUGCACGUCUUCAUGAACGGCUCCAUGUCCUCUGUGCAAGGUUCCGCCAAUGACCCCAUAUUCCUCCUGCACCACGCCUUCAUAGAUAGCAUCUUUGAGCGCUGGCUCCGAAACCACCAGCCUGAACGGGCCUUCUAUCCCUUUGCCAAUGCUCCCAUUGGCCACAAUGAUGGCUACUACAUGGUGCCAUUCCUGCCUCUUUAUAGAAAUGGAGACAAUUUCCUCUCCACCAAGUCAAUGGGAUACGAAUAUGCCUAUUUGUUGGACCCAGGCCAGAGAUUUGUACAAGAAAUCCUGACGCCUUACCUCCAGCAGGCCCAGCAGAUCUGGCAGUGGCUGCUGGGAGCCGGUCUCAUCGGUGCGUUCAUCGCGGCAGUCAUUGCGGUCAUUGCUGUCGUAGCGAGAAGGAAAUGGAGACGAAACCAGAGGAGGAAACGGGCCUCCAUUUUUGGAGAACGACAGCCGCUUCUUCAGAGCAGCUCGGAGGAAGGUUCAGCUUCCUAUCAGACUACUCUGUAACACACACACACACACACACAGACACAGUAUAUUCUGGCUAUACAUACACAGGAGUUUAAGUAACAACAAUGGGACAUUUUACAUAAUUCCAUUUUUACGUAAGAUAAUAUUUGGUGAAGCGUCAAUGCACUUGAAUCAAAAGUUUCGACUCAUUAAAAGAACUCAUUUCCAUCACAUUACAGAUUGUAGUCUUAUCAGCAUUGCAAAACUAAAUGUUAGUAUUUUUGUGAAUACCAAAACCAAAGAUUUAGUCAAUGAAGUGAAAAGUCCUGUAAUGGUUCAAUGUCACAAACAUCACCUAAGGAUUUUUUUAAUACAAUACGGUAUUUAGAAUGCACUGCACAGGCAGUGGUUCUAGGUGACAAUAAAGAGUCUUAUGUAAAUUGGUGGAUUUGGGUGCACAACCCUUCAUGAAAUUUAGAAACACCAAGCUGGAAUUCACUCAGGAAGAUGCCCCUCGUAUUUCAAACUUUCAGGAAUCAGAUACAGUGAGGAUGUGCAGGGUAUACAUGCACCUGCACACUGGCAACCAAGUUUCAUAAAGCUCCACAUAAUAAUAGUAAGAAGAAGAAGAAAAAGAAAACAAUAAUAAUCAUAAAACAAUAAUAAUGAUAACAAUAAUAAUAAUAAUAAUAAUAAAUCACAUGCUUGAGUUAGGUGGAAAAGCUCACCUUAAAAUAUGUUUGUUGAAUCUUAACAUUCUCAAUAUUCAGACAUUAAAUGGGUGUAAAUUACUCUUAAAUGUAUAAUUAUUAUCGACGUUAUUAUGAACCAAUUUAAAGGUAACAACCCUGUUUUUACACAAGUGAACACAAUGACCGAAGCACUGGUGCUAAAGGAUCGUAAUGCAGGUGAUCUUUCACAAACUCAUGAAAUGUAUGUGAGUUGCUGCAUUAAAAUUAUACCUGAUCCUAAUGUUCUAUGUGGUCCUUCUAUUUUUGAAAAUUUUAAAUUCCACACACUUUGCAUCAUCAUACCCCAUAAGGGAACCAAGAUUUACUGUAUAUAUUUUAAAUAUUUUUGUGUCAAACAAAUGGCCUCAUCUCUUUUCUAUAGGCUAUAGGCAUUUAAGAUCGAAAAAAACCAAAAAAAACAUCCAUCCAUUUUCUAUACCAAUUGUCCGCAUUACGGUCUUGGUUAACCUGGAGCCUUUCCCAGCUGACUUUGGGCGGGAGGCAGGGUACAUCCUGGACAGGUUGUCUGUCAAUCGCAGGGCCUAUAUUGACAAAAAGCAAUCAUACUCACAUUCACACCUAUGGACAAUUUAGAAUCUUCAAUUAACCUAACAAGCAAAUUAUUGGAAUGUGGGAGGAAUCCGGUGAAAAUCCACACAAGGACAGAUAGAACAUUCAAACUGCAACAGGAAUGCCCUAGCCGAGGUUCGCACCCCGAACCUCAGAACUGUGAGGAAGACAUGCUUACCACUAAGCACCAUGUCGUCCAUGGAUAAAAUACGAUGAAACAAAAUAAAUACAUGAAAACAAGAACUAAUUCGAACAACUGGUUUGAGAUGUGUAUAGUUUUUUUUUUUUCCUACAAUUUAUGGUUUCUUCUUCUUCCACGGUCAUAUGAAAUAUUUUCCCCACUUGUGCAUAUAAGUACAAUUGUGUUGGUAUGCAUAUAAAGUG